UUUAGGGUGGGCUCUAACUCUCCCAGUUACGUCCAAUGCCGAGCCAUCAAAGCUAAAACAGGUCUUACAAGCCGCAAAAUACGGAUUUUGUAAACUAGGGCAAGUACGUAUCUAAUGGUCUACGUAGUCUCCUGGUUGUCGUCAUGAUCAGCUCAGCUGAAGCUUCCCCAGAUGUUAUUCCAGCCAGCCCUGAUACCUCGGACAGCUUAAUUGACACUCCAAAGUCCUAUAGAAAUGGUGCAUCUUUACGCCCACCGCAGCGAUUCCUCUCCCAGGACUUGCCACAUCGGUGUCAGGCUCAGGUGGUGUGUGUUCCAGACUCUGAUGAUGAGGAGGGUCAAGAAUCUGCUGGAAAAAGAUCAAAUGUUAUUGAAUCUGAUGAUGAUUUCUUGUCAGCCGAGUCUUCUGUUUACGAACCAAAUGAAUUGGAUAGAGCUACAUCAUCUGCCGAGUCUCCUGAAGACUCUGUGAGCUCUCCUCAUAGAAGAUUAAGCCAGGCAAUGGCAAUAUCCAAAGGGGGAGAGAGCUCUCAGAAGGAACAUGAGAGUAGUAAAGUUGGAUUGAUGUCUAGCACACCAACGUUUGACAGCAGGACUCCUUUAAACUCUUGGCGGAAAUCAAGUGCAUUAAUUCAGUCUGAUGAUGAAGACAACGUAGAAAGUCCGAUACCUGUGAUAAAGGAGGUAAAAAGUGCAAGUGCUACUGAAUCAGACUGUGAAUUAAUAUCGGAUUCAGAAGCUGAAGACAAACAGUUUGAUAAAUUGGGACAUCAAAAGGAAAAGUUGAAAAAUAGAAGCUCAUUGUGGAGUGAGAAAGCAUGGGAAAAUGCCACAGAUAUAGUAGAGGAAAUUGACAGUCCUCUGAUAAAAUCCUCAAGGAAAAAGGUGCUAGUUAUCGACAGUGAGAGUGAAAAUGAUGCUGUGGAUAACAGCCUCGAGUCUCAGACACGAGGAGUUCCUAAAAUUGUUGUAGAGAAGUGUACUAAUAGCAGGGAUGCUUUGCCCAAGUGUACACGGAGAAAGAAAACUUAUGUCAUUGACAGUGAGGAUGAAGAUUGCGUUGACAGUGGAAGUGAAAGUAUAGUACAUUCCUCACAACAGGAAUUCUCUGAAGAACUUUUACCAGACCUAAACAAUUUAGGUGUUUCUCCAACUCCUGCCAUUCCAGAGGAAAAGGGAAAUGUCACUGAGGAAAGUGUCCAUUCUUCAUUCCCAGAGAAAGCUGCAUCGCUCUCGCCUCACGAGAAAUACGGACAUAAAUUCAAGAUAAAAAAACGAACCCCAAGUGCAUCAUCAUCAUCAUCAAGCCAUACUCAAAACUCUCCAAAUAAUGCACUCAGUGACUCUUGUGUGUGGGCAGAUCAGUCUACCGUUAUCUUUGAAGACUCGGCUUCAGCAAUUAAUAACACAAGUGCAAGGAGCUGCUCAUCUAUCAAGUCACUUUCUAAAAUGACUGCAUCUGAAAUUAAUCGCAAAUUACAACAAAGUAAGCUUGUGUUGCGCAUGGCCAACUUAUCAGCGCUGCCGGAUAAAGGUGCCAAGAUCAUAGCACAGAUAAACGACUAUGAAGAAGCUUUGGCCAACUUAAGUGUGCUUAACAUACAGAGUGACCAUAGCAGCCAUGAUUCCUUGGGUAAUUUAUCAAAUAUUUCAUCACUUAGUGGAGGUUCAAGACAUGGAAUGCUGUCUACUUCACUCACCUCCAAUAAGAGUGCUCUGUCUUCAUCUGCUUGCCCCAUACAGGAAUCAGAGAAGUAUGCUUCAGGUGACUGUGACAGCCCAAGUUCACCAACUAAUAUAUCAGAUGUUUCAUCACAUAGUGGAGGUUCUGCAUAUUCUCCUGAAGUAUCAUCUGCCUCGCCUCACUCUGGUAAAAGCAUUCGGUCGCUGUCAUCUCGCACUCUACAAGAAUUAGAAAAAAUGUUGCAUGCAAAGAAGAUGGCUUACAAUGCUGCCUGCGCUGGAAAUUUUUCCGAAAAGCAGAGAAAGUUGAGAAAGCAGUGUGUCGAGAUUGAGAAAGAAAUAGCACUGAAGAAAGGGUCCAACUACUACAAGUUUGAUGGUAACCCACCUUCGCCUGCUGAAGAAUCAGCAUUGACCCUGUCAUCUGACCUAGAAAGAGAGAGAAUGCUGGAUGCUGACGUAAGUACUCUGGACCUUAAGGUGGUGUACUCGGAUUAUAAUAUCCGUGCAGUAGAUGAGGGUCAGAAGGUGAGGCAGCAGCGUGUAGACUCGGAGAAGCACCUUAAGAGCAGAAUCUUCUCAUCGAUAUCAGAACCAAGACUCAACCCUGAUGGCCCUCGGAAGAAGCUACAGGAGAAUCUGGAAAUUUUUCCAUUAGGCAUUGCCAAGCCUCCAGGGAGACAUCAUCUCUCUCAAAAAGUUCUUGAUGCUGUAUAUUCUGGUAAUGUGGAUGUUGGUGGCCGCAACUAUGGUGGAAAGAUCUCCUCAGCCCGUGAGAAGGAGAUGGUAAGAGUGACUGGGGAUGCUAUUGAGGAUCUUCAUAGUGCCCUUAAGUCGGCUCCAGACAUUGAAGAAGUUGAAGAAGAGCAGCCCGAGGGACUCAAUGUUUCUCUAAUGAUCCACCAGCGUCGUGCCCUGGCAUGGAUGUUGUGGAGAGAGAAGCAGAUGCCUCCUGGUGGUAUUCUGGCUGAUGAUAUGGGUCUGGGAAAGACACUCACCAUGAUUGCCCUGGCAUUACGUCAUAAGGAAUUGGUCAAAGCUGGUGCCAUUGCUGAAGAUUUCUCUGUAAAAGACAGUGACCAGGAGAGUGAAGAUGAUGAUUGUCAAGAAAUUACUUCAUGGAUCUCAAAAAGCAGCUCAGCGUCUUCACGAGCUGCGUCACUUGUGCCUUCUCGCGGCACACUGGUUGUGUGCCCCGCUUCACUUCUUGGUCAGUGGCAAGGUGAAGCUCAAAACCGGGUCUCCAGGGGUAAAAUGAGGUCCCUGGUUUAUCAUGGAACUAGCAGAGACAUGGAUGUGAACAGCUUGGCUCGCUACGACCUCAUUAUCACAACUUACACAUUAGUCAUGAAGGAAGCCUUUCCUAAGAGCAAGGAUAAAGUUCAAAAUAAAGGCAAAGAUAAAGUCCCUAAGAUCAAGGCUAAAAAUCAAGGUCGCCUCUUCCAAAUUGGCUGGACUCGGAUUGUCUUGGAUGAGGCACACGUUGUUCGUAACCACAAGAGCAAGACAUCGCAGGCAGUAUGUCUACUUAGAGGUGGUCGAAGGUGGGCCAUGACAGGAACUCCAGUUCAGAAUCGAGAGAUGGACUUGUACUCCCUAGUGCGUUACCUCAGAGCCUCUCCAUUUGAUGACUAUACCUGUUGGAAACUGCAGGUGUCGAACAACAGUGCUCAAGGAAUGCUUCGACUGGGCCUUCUAGUGAAGGUCCUUGUCUUGCGUCGAACCAAGGAUCAGAUAGAUCAGAGUACUGGCAAGAAGAUUGUUGAACUGCCAGAGAAACAGGUUGUCGAACAUAGUCUGUCUCUAACUCGACAGGAACGAGAAGUGUACGAUCGAGUCUUUACUUUCUCGAGGUCAACGCUGAUCCAGUACAUGAAGACAAGUGAAGAGAAGGAGAGAGAAAAACAAGAAAAAUGGCCUGGUAUGAAUCCUCUUGCCAUGACUCAACCUCGGCCAAACAUUGAUGACAAUAAAUAUACUCCAACACUGACCAAUGAGAUAGCUGUAGUUGGUGAUGUUAAGGCUCACCAUAUUCUUGUGUUGCUACUGAGGCUGAGGCAGAUCUGUUCUCAUCCAUCACUCAUCCAAGGUAAUCCAUGGUAACACAUUGUCAGGUCCCAUUGCUUUUGAUGUAUCCAGCUCAAUCAAAACUCCAUGGGGAAGUAGAAAAGAACUUCGUGUGUAAGCUGUGCAUGUCAUAAAAGGCAACUACAAUGUCAGG